AUGAGCUACCACUGUCUUAGCUCCCAGAACCUCUGGGGAGAAGAUAAAUUCAAAUGGACACGGUUUGUUGGGCUCGGAAUUUGGUAUACAUCCUCCUCUGGACAUCAGAACAUUGAAGAGCAAGUCCUACAAAUGGACAACCUCGAUGUCUGGCUCAAGGGGCCGCCUAACAAGAAGGACUACAAUGGCAUUCAAUGGACACGAUUGUACCAGAUGGUCAUCGCAAGCGACGAUGGCAAAAAAAUUCCCCGCUCUUCGCCUGAGAAAUGCCUUUCGGCUUUACUUAGCCACUCCCAACUUCAGUUUGCAUUCGACUUCGCGAUGAGCUAUCCGGCAGGGAUAAGCGCACUACCUUUCCAGGCGGCUGGUGGCGAUGAGGUUCAUACCUACACUUUGGCUAACCAUCCAAAACUUGCAUUCUUGUGGAAGCAUGUUAUUCCAAGAGCACCCGAGUGCUACGGCACUACAUUCAAGAAUGAGGAAGCAGACAUAACUGAGCUAGUAUCAGUUAAGCCUGGUGGUUAUACUUUUGGGAUCGUAUUUGUUGAUUCUAAGGAAUAUGAAAACCUAUCAAAGCUCAUACAUCGCCAAUGGUCCACCAAUCUAGUCUCACAUCCCAUGUUUUCGGCUUUCAUCUCCAGUUUACAUCUAAAUUUCCGCAUCGACAAGAUACACCAACACAUCAAGACAGAGACCCGACGUGUUGAAGCAAGAACAGGUCAUCACUGUUUCAACAGCCUCCAACAGUUCCCAGCUCCUGGUGACCUACGGGAGCUGUUAGCAACCAUGAGCGGGUUUGCAACCAAGCUAGCAGGUACAAGCCGGAAGAUGGAGUUUCUCCGCGAGGUUUAUCAAUUCAUUCAUACUCAGAUGGAUUCAAAAUACGACGGCCACAAAUCAAACUUGAUAGAGGGAGAAGAACGUAGGGAUUGCAUGGAUAUGGGUCAACAGGUUAAGCUGAUGCAGCAUCGACUUGCCAUGCAGCGUCUUGAAAGCGACUUCAUUCUAGCUCGGGUCGAGGUACAAAUGAAUGCUAUGUUCCACCUUACCUCGCAGCAGGACAGCGUAAAUGGAAUACACAUUGCAAAUGCGACGCAGGCGACCGCAGUUGUUUCCCUUCAGGAGUCAUCAUUCAUGAAAAUACUCACCCUCAUGGCUGUAACGUUCCUGCCCGGUAACUUUGUGGCUGCUCUCUUCUCGGCCUCUCUCUUCGGCUCGGAAACUGCUGCCAACAUGAUAACGAUUGCUAAUAAACCACUGUUUGCGUUGUUCUGGAUCAUUACUAUCCCACUUACACUCUUCAUCUGCAUCGUCGUAGUUGUAUGUGUGUUCAUACAGAACAGGAAUACACAGAAGAAAAUUCGCGUUGCACAGGAUCAAUUGACCAAUAGAUCACAAGAGCGAAGAACAUCUUAG